UGUCGUCUGAAGGUAAAGCCGUAAACCUCGAUAGUGCAAGAGACUUUCAACAGAUAAAAAAAACCUGCUGAAAUUAUUAAACUUAUAGCCUUUUCUCUAAGUUUGAAACCUUCUAUUGAAAGCAGAAAGGAAGAAGGAGAAGAAGAGGAAAAGGAAGAAGAAAACCAAUGACUCCCUAGAAGCCCCCUGCGAAUUCACGGGCAUUAUGCAGAUCUUAAAAGGGCCAGCGGCCGUCCUCAGCAAGCUCGGCCGCCCUGCACAGAGAUGGACACUCAGGAGGAGAGAAAACGGCGGAAGAACAGAUAUAACGAGGAGAACCGUGAACACCUGGUCUCCCUUGGCCUCGGCUUUCAACGCGAAGCCGAAUAAGCUGCUGAGCCUCCACUUCACCAAGGGGUCGACGGGCUUGUUUGGUCUCCCAGAGCUGAAUGAACCUGAAGGCUUCUAUUUGCUCAAGGAAAAUGCCGUGCGAGAAGCAGAGUCUCUGGUGGCCGAGUGCUGCUCUCAAGAAAGGUCGCGCAAAAUGGUGGAGGUCUUUGAUCACCUUUCAGAUACUCUCUGUCGGGUUGCUGAUUUGGCUGAGUUCAUCCGCAUGGCACAUCCUCAUGCGCGCUACUCCCAUGCUGCAGAGGAUGCAAGCAUCGCCAUAGGUGGACUUGUUGAACAGUUAAAUACUCACCGACAGUUAUAUGAUAGUCUGAGGGCGGUCGUAAAGAAUGGUGAUAUUUUCCCGACCACAGAUGUUGACCAGCACGUGGCCAGGCUCUUCCUCUUCGACUUUGAGCAGUCAGGUAUCCACUUGGACGAGGCCAAGCGGUGCCGUGUGGUAGCCCUGAAUGAGGCAAUCCUGACCCUCGGGCAGCACUUCAUGAAUGGCUCCCUCCAGUCCCGAGCAAUUCCCAAGAAGAAGCUGCCUGAGUCCAUUAGACAGUACUUUGCCAUAGAUGGAGACAACAUAGUGGUAACAGGCCUGUAUGCAGAUGCCCACAUGGAGAUCACAAGGGAGGCUGCAUACAAGAUCUUCCUACACCCUGACCAGCAUCAGGAGUACCUUCUGACAGAGCUGCUCACCAGACGGCAUGAGAUGGCCACCAUCUGCGGCUUCAAAUCUUAUGCCCACAGAGCUGUCAGCAGCAGCUUAGCCGAGUCUCCCGACCUUGUGCUGAAUUUCUUGAAAUUGGUGUCAAAAGAGGUGAGGCCGUUAGCCAAGGAGGACUUCAGGGAAAUGGAGAAGAUGAAAAAAGAACAAUACAGAUAUGCAAGGGACCUAGCUCCAUGGGAUGUGCCUUACUUCACUGGCCAGGCGAGGCAGAGCAAAUUCUCCAUGAGUGGAAGUGAUCUUGCACCGUACUUCUCUCUAGGGGCAGUCAUGGACGGGCUCAGCAGCCUGCUUCAGAAUCUGUAUAACGUCUCCCUGAAAGUGCAGGAACCAUUGCCUGGGGAACUCUGGACCAGCGAUGUGUAUAAGCUGGCUGUGAUGCACGAAACAGAAGGCCUCUUGGGCUACAUCUACUGCGACUUCUACGAGCGCAUCGGCAAGGCCCAUCAGGACUGCCACUUCACCAUUAGGGGUGGGAAGCUGCUCCCCGAUGGAACGUACCAAGAUCCCAUUGUGGUUCUCCACCUGAAUCUCCCUGCUCCCACGUGGUCCACGCCCUCUCUGCUCAUGCCUGGCAUGGUGGAGAAUCUGUUCCAUGAGAUGGGUCAUGCACUGCACUCCAUGCUUGCAAGAACGCAGUAUCAGCAUGUGACAGGAACACGCUGCAGCACAGACUUUGCAGAAGUUCCCUCAAUCCUGAUGGAGUUCUUUGCUAUGGACCCCAGAGUCCUGCGCACCUAUGCCCGCCAUUACAAGACAGGAGAGCCCAUCCCUGACACACUGCUUGAAAAACUGGUCGCAUCCAAGUCUGUGUUCGCUGCUUCAGAAAUGCAGCUGCAGACCUUCUACUCUAUGCUUGACCAGCGUUACCACAGUGAAGAACGAUGGGAUUCAACUACAACCACAACACAGAUAUUAGAGAAAGUGCAGAAUGAAUAUUAUGGGCUUCCAUAUGUCCCCAAUACUGCAUGGCAACUGAGGUUCGGUCACCUUGUUGGCUAUGGAGCAAAAUACUACGCGUACCUGGUAUCUCGCGCUGUGGCCUCCUGGAUCUGGCAGAAGUAUUUUGUAGACAAUCCAUUCAGCAGGGAAAUGGGUGAGAAAUAUCGCCAAGAAGUUCUAGCUCAUGGAGGAGGGAAACCCCCCCGAGCUAUGGUGGGAGAGUUCCUCGGCCGUGAGGUGACAGCAGAGAGCAUGGUGGAGGCCCUCAGGACAGAUUUGGAGUCCAAGAAAGAGAGGGUGGAGACAGUCACUGCAAAGUAGGAUGUGUUCUUCAGAUUUAUUGGGUAUUGCAAAUGAGGUCCAAGGCAUUUUGAUGUUGAAUAUUGAGGUAUCAUGAAAGAGGGUGUACUAUUUGGAUAUGGCUGGACUGUGAGAGUAUUUCUCAAAGUAAGUGAAGACACUUGUAAGAGAUCUUGGUUGUCUGUCAAAAUGUGCAAAAGAAAAUUACAGAGCAAUAAGGUUGUUUUGAUGUGAUGUGUAAGUUUUACUGUGUCAGUUGCUGGUUCUUUAUGAUGAAAAUUAAGCAUAAUAGAACAUUUAUUUCAAGUAUCUAUAGAGUUUUAAACUACAAACUAAACUGACAGAAGCUCCCUUACUUUGUCACUCUUUCCAUUGCCUUUUUAUUGUAACUGUCUAUCCUAUGAAUGUGUGUGGGAUUAGGCAUUUUGUUGUCAUUUUUUAAUGGAAAAGUGAAGUAACUCAAUUAAUUUUCUCAGGGAUAUGUUUGUGAGAUUAGUCAGACAUAACCAGACAGGUUUAUGGCAUUGCUAUGACAUUUCAAAUCCAGUUUUGCACAUGAUGAAAAUGCAGUUCUUCUUCUUUUUCUUUUUCUUUUUCUUCUUAUUUUUCUUUUUCUUCUAUUUUUCUUUUUCUUUUCUUUUCUUUUCUUUUCUUUUC